UCCCCCCGCGGCCCCGGUCCCGCGGAGGUUGCAAGAAGCUUUCUGUGUAAGGAUGUACUAGGAUCUUCACGAAUGAAUCCUAUCUGCCUUCCCUUAGAGUAAUUGGAAGUUUCAGUCAGCAGAUAUUUCCCUGCUUUUUCCCACUACCCAGGAUGGAUAUUUUUGAGAUGCAUCCAAGCAGUGUGUGGAAUCCUUUGAUUUGUGUUUGAGGUGUGAACAACCUCUGAAAGGUUUGCUAAAAGGAUAAGGAGGAACCUCUAUGGGUAACCCUUGGCUGGAAACAAUUAGUGGUCAACCAUGGUAAAACUUGCCAACCCUCUUUAUACGGAGUGGAUUCUUGAAGCUAUACAAAAAGUUAAAAAGCAAAAGCAAAGGCCUUCUGAAGAGAGAAUAUGUCAUGCUGUUUGUGCUUCCCAUGGAUUGGAUAAGAAGACAGUUUCAGAACAGUUGGAACUUAGUGUUCAAGAUGGUUCUAUUCUUAAAGUUACCAACAAAGGCCUUGCAUCCUACAAGGACCCAGAUAAUCCUGGACGGUUUUCAGCUGUUAAACCUGGCACUAUUCCUAAAUCUGUUAAGGGAUCUAGAGGAGCUUGUAAUGAGCUUCGUAAUGUGGAUUGGAAUAAACUCUUGAGAAGAGCAAUUGAAGGGCUUCAAGAACCAAAUGGCUCCUCCCUGAAAAACAUAGAGAAGUAUUUGAGAAGUCAAAAUGACCUAGCAAAUAUUUUCAACAAUCCUGCCUUUCAGCAGAGGUUGCGUCUGGGGGCCAAACGUGCUGUGAACAAUGGGAGAUUACUGAAGGAUGGACCUCAGUACAGAGUCAAUUAUGGCAGUUUGGAAAGCAAAGGAGCUCCAAAAUAUGCCAGCACUUUCCCAGCAUCUCUUCCACCUGUCAGCCUUCUACCCCACGAAAAAGACCAGUUUGAACACCACCUGAAAUACUACCAGGAGAACUCUUGA